AUGGCCCUUCUUCUCAACAAAGGGGCUUGUCCACGGACGAAGAGACAAAUCUUGAAACCCGAAACUGUCAACCAAAUGCUCACCAACCAAAUCCCUUCUUAUCCCAUUUACCACAACACUCCUUCGAAGUCCGCAAAACCGGAACUGGCCAACGACUGCCCAGUUCUCCCUAAAGCCGGAAAUCCCAGCAAUGGCUGGGGCCUCACAUUUGCUCUCAGUCAUCAAGAAAAUCCAGAAACAGGAAGAGCGGCCGGUUCUGCAUCUUGGGAGGGACUGGCGAACCUCUUUUGGUUCGCUGAUCGGACAAACGGCGUCGCGAUUAUUGUGGGGACACAGAUUUUGCCGUACGGUGGUGAGUACAGACAUAUCUCUUCGGAUGAUUCUUUUGGUCGUUUUGAUUAA